UUUAGCCUUUUUCUUAAGGCGUCAGGGAAAAGUCCAACUCGUCUAGAGAUCCCCAAAUCUUCAGCACUACCACCUUCUCCCCUCUCCUCCGACUCCCUUCUCCUUUCACAGUCGUGCGUAACCGCCGAUCAGCAACCUCCAUGAACCGGCAACAUCGGCAUAGCUUCAAUCUUCAUCAAUGGCGUUGAGAUCAACUGGACGUAAGAUCUCAUUUGACAUUCUCUCAACUUUUCUCUCAGAUGACGAUUACGACUACGAUUCCUCCAUCAUCCCGACUUGCCUCCGAUCGAAUUCCGAUCCUUCUCCUCAGAUUAUUCCGAUCGAUGACGCCAAAAGCCCUACCGGAAUUCGCAAGAAGAAGAAGAAAAAGAAGAAGCAUAGGAGAAUUACAGAGCAUUCCACGAUUUCUGAAUUUUCCGUCACGGACGAGGAGCUAGACCGCUCAUUCCCUGUGGGAGAAUUUAAUGCUUACUGUUAUAGUGUUGCUCAGAGCAGUAGUGUUGUGGUAUGUGAGGAACCUGAGGCGAUGCCGCCACCAAUGCCUCACAGUAGUUGUUCAGUGGGUUCAGUUACUGGCCUUCCGUUUGGGGAGUUGAGACAAAGAAAUGUAAUGGUCAAUGGAGUGAGCGAAGAGAGUGUUGGGUCACCACAGAUUGCCGAGAGAGAAAGUGAAAGUGUUAAGGAAUUGGAAUCGAGGUCAAACUCGAGAGUUGAAAUGGAUUUGAAUAUGGAUGGGAUUGCAGGGAGGAGUUUGGAGAAGGAGGUCUCUUUAGAUUGGAAGAGGUUGAUGGCUGAAGAUCCCAACCAAACAUUUCCUGUGGAUAAGUCGCCAGUGAAGUGCUUCAUGGAAGAGAUGUAUGCUGGUAAUUCGUUAAGGAGUACGGUUGCCCUUGGGAAUGAGAAAGAGCGGGAAAGAGUUUAUGAUACCAUAUUCCGCUUACCAUGGCGAUGUGAGCUGCUUAUUAAUGUUGGCUUUUUUGUCUGCUUGGAUUCAUUCCUCUCACUGCUUACUGUCAUGCCCACGAGGUUUAUCAUGAUCUGUUGGAGGUUUCUGAAAACAAGGCAGUUCAAGAAGCUUUCCGCGGUUGAGCUUUCUGAUAUUGGCUGUUGUGUCGCCCUGUCUAGUGGAGCGAUUUUGUUGCAACAAACAGAUAUCAGCCUAAUCUAUCACAUGAUUCGUGGUCAAGGAACAAUCAAGCUUUAUGUGGUUUACAAUGUGUUGGAGGUUUUUGAUAAACUGUUCCAAAGCUUUGGUGGAGAUGUGAUGCAGACACUCUUUAAUACAGCAGAAGGGCUUGCAAAUAGCUCAACGGAAAAUACACAAUAUUGGGUUAGAAGAUUUAUUGUGGAUGAAGUUGUAGCUGUGGCUUCAUCAAUUGUUCAUUCUUUCAUCCUGCUAGCUCAAGCCAUCACUUUGUCAACCUGUAUAGUUGCCCACAACAACGCAUUAUUUGCUUUGCUUGUAUCAAACAAUUUUGCGGAAAUAAAAAGCAAUGUCUUCAAACGCUACAGCAAGGAUAACGUUCACAAUCUAGUAUAUUAUGAUUCAGUGGAACGGUUCCAUAUUUCAGCAUUUCUCUUAUUUGUCUUAGCUCAAAACCUUCUGGAGGCCGAUGGACCUUGGUUUGGAAGUUUUCUUUGUAAUGCACUCGUUGUCUAUGUAAGUGAGAUGACAAUUGAUAUCAUCAAGCAUUCAUUCAUCGCAAAAUUUAACAACAUCAAACCAAUUGCGUUUUCAGAAUUUCUUGAAGAUCUGUGUAAGCAGACACUGAAUAUCCAAACAGACAAUGUAAAGAAUAACCUCACUUUUGUCCCUUUGGCGCCUGCUUGUGUGGUAAUCCGUGUGUUACGUCCUGUGUUUGCUGCUCAUCUUCCCUAUAAUCCGCUACCUUGGAGGCUCUUUUGGAUUUUCCUUCUGUCCGCAAUGACAUUUGUUAUGCUUGCAAGCCUCAAAGUAAUGAUUAGCAUUGGGCUAAAAAAACAUGCUAGAUGGUAUAUAAACAGAUGCCAGAAUAGAAAACUUCACAGCGACUAAGAUAGGAUAUCAUGAUGGAAGUUGCAUUUUUUGCCUCAGAUUUAGAGAUGUCCUUUGUAUGAGAAGACAAGGAGGGUGGGGGGCAGGUAAGGUUGGGUGAGAUCUGGUUGGAAGUUUCUGUUGCUGCUCCCAGCACUCAGCAGUUAUAGCUUCGAGCUACUGAUCGUGCAACAGGAUGCACUCAUGUGGAAGUAUUUACGUUAAAUGAUCAGAUGGCCCAUACUUCCAUUUUUGUAUAGGGAGAAGGUCCAUAUAAUAAUGAGGAAGUUAUAUUGAUUAAUGUAUUUCAUGUGCAAUUAUUUAAAACCUUUUUCUAAAUUGUUAUUUCGAACAAAUGUCUGAACUUCCUUGGUAGAUUCGGAAAAGAUAUAUUGAUGGCUAAUUCACAUAAAGCUGUGGAGGGUAAGAGCGAGCAUCGAAAGGACCUACGCUUGGCUGUGGUGGUGGUGGAAUUUGUUAAGCUGUUGUUUAUAGUGUUUCUUAGGAAGUUGGAGAGGGACGUUUGAUUCUUGACUCUGUAGCUGUUCUUAUCUACCAGCGUUUAAAGGAUGUAUUUCUUACCAUA